GAACAGUGAGUGCGAGUCUCUGCUGCAGUUCAUUCUGCACUUGAUCAUCUCAGAGCAGAGUGUGUGAAGAUGAUUCCACCUGGUGAUUGUCUGUAUGCUGGCAGAAAGAGGAGGAAACCCAUUCAGAAACAAAAACCUUCAUCAGCCACUGAAAAAUCCAACCCGUCCAAACGCCACCGUGACCGUCUGAACGCAGAACUGGACCGUCUGGCGGGUCUGUUGCCCUUUUCACCCGAGAUCAUCUCAAAACUAGACAAACUGUCUGUGCUCCGUCUGAGUGUCAGUUACCUGCGAGUCAAGAGCUUCUUCAACGCUGCGGCUCAUGAGAAUCCACUUCACAAACACACGAGCAGGAAAGACAACGAGACAACAACACACACAUGUGUUCAAGAGAGCCAACUUCUGCUAGAGUCUUUAGCAGGUUUCGCGCUGGUCGUCAGUGCUGAUGGGAUGGUCUUCUACGCCUCCUCCACGAUAGUCGACUAUCUCGGCUUCCACCAGACAGAUGUGAUGCAUCAGAACGUGUUUGAUUACAUUCAUGUGGAUGACCGGCAGGAGUUCAGACGGCAGUUGCAUUGGGCCAUGAACCCGUCACCGCCGAUGACUGACCAACACUUACACGGCAGCACGGGUGAAGAUUUUGUUGUGAGCAGUUUAUUUCACUCCAAUGAGACGGGCGACGUUCCUCCAGAAUUCACGUGCUUCUUAAAUCGCUGUUUUAUCCUGCGAGUUCGCUGUUUACUGGACAGCACGUCUGGAUUUCUGACGAUGCAGUUUCAGGGGCAACUGAAGUUUCUUCACGGUCAGAGGAAGAAGACUCCAUCCGGAAGGGUUCUCCCGCCUCAGCUCGCACUCUUCUGUGUCGCUGUUCCUCUUCUGCUGCCCUCCAUCACUGACAUCAAGAUAAAGAACACGAUGAUGAUGAUGAUGAUGAAGAACAAACACAAGAACAACAACGUUUACAAUGACGAUCAUUUCAGACAACACACAGCGAUGAGUGAUGGCGUGGAGCCCAAUGGACCUGUGAGGUCACACGAGCCCUGGACACCACUCUCCAAAGACAACAUCAAGUACAAGAGUGAAGAUUACUACGAUCAGGAUGAGCCCUUGAACUUCUGUAAGUCUGCACUGAAGUUCUCCAACCCGGACGACUUGUGGAGAAGCUCCGGUGGGGCCCUCAGGGCACCUCACGUGGCCAACAAUGUCCCGUCUGGGGCCCGCAUGAGCAAACACUUCCCCAAACCAUAUCGACUGUCUCCAGGAUAUUAUAAUAACAGAGUGGAUGCAUUUGUUCCGAAGAUGUACGAGAGUCUCACGGACGGCAUUAAGAGCGAGAUCUUCUGUUACGAUGCUCCCGGCAAGGGUUUAGAUGGUCAUGUGAUCUCUGAGCUGCCUAUAAAAGUGGAGCCGGACUCGGACUUAGAAGAUGGCUGCGAUGGUUAUGGACACUCAUGGGAGGCACGCGAGCGUUACCCGAACAGCUACGAUGGUGAUCAGAUGAAAGUGGAGAGCGGAUACGGCGAGGAGUAUUCACCCUGUCAGAGGUCAAAGGGUCAGGCGCUGACAUACGGCGGCUACCAUCAGAAUGCUUACGCCACUGCGCCUCGACUUCUGAAGUGUGUCCUGAACAAAGAGGCAGCAGUUUUGAGCCCGCAGAGGUCAAACCACCUCGACACACUCUCAAACUGCACAGACACUAACGCUGCUUCAUACAUGCUGAACGACUACAAAACAAGCUACGAGUUCAGAGGUCAAGGGUUAGUUCAGUGCAUCAAACAGGAGCCCCUGGACUCUCCGCCAUGGCAAAUAAACAGUCAGAGGAACGUUAUGAAUAACUAUGUGAUGAACGGCCCGCCACAGAAGAUCAGCCCAUACGUGUUCAUGCAGUGAGUCUCAAACAUCUUUCAUGUAAAUAAACGUGAGAUUUGACAGAGACUUCUGGAAUAUUCCACAGAUCAGCACCUCUCAACUGGUUUUGCUCCAGGACUCAAAUUAGACUCAACUCAGUACUAAAACUGUACUUUAACAAUAAAAAAAGGCCUUUAAAUCAAACCUAAAACACCCAACAAUAUGUAAAAUAAUGACCAUAACAGUCUGAAUAGGAAAACUGACGAUUCUGUAAAUUUAUAAACAACAUCAGAAGUGUGAUCUACCAGCCGAACAUUGUUUUAGUAUUAUUAAUAUCCAUAUUACCAAGAGACAGACGGAUUCUCACCAAAAUACUGCAGUUUGAUUGAACAUAUGGCUUUAGACGCCAAUAUCAAAAGAUAAUGGGAGGUGUUUGAUUAUAUUAGUUACUUGUUAUUAUUUGCAUUUUUUCCUGCUGUCUAUGACUCUAUCAGGACAGACCUGAGAUCCACCAGUUGAGAAGCACUAAUAUACUUCAGAAUCAGAAUGAUUUUAUUGUCAUUAUACACAGGUACAAUGAAACUCUGUUUGGCUUCUCUCUAGUAAUUAAAAUAAGAUAACUAAGUAAAAACAAUAAACAUAAUAACAAUAAAAAAUAAAAAUAAAUAAAUACCAAAAAUAAAAAAAAAUAAGUACCAAAAUAUAGCAGCAACUUUGGAGAAGACAGCAGUAGCAGCUACAUGUGUUGAAGGUGACUAUUUGCAACAGUAAAAGUGACGUUUAGUGCAAGUAUGUUUGUCCUUGAUGUAUGCGUAUCACAGUCCUUGUUGUUGUUGUGUGUGUGUGUGUGUGUGUGCUCACAUUUUCUUUUCACUGCUCUGUGGGAGGGGUGUGAUGGAGGCCACAGCUCUGGCAUAGAAGCUGUUCCUCAGUCUGUUGAUUCUUGAUCUUAUUGUCUUGAACCGUUUGCUGGACGGCAGAGGUUCAAACAAGGAGUGUCUGGGAUGUGUGGUGUCUCUGAUUAUGCUGUUUGCUUUCUUUCUCAGUCUGCUGGCAUAGAUGGUGUCCAGUUCAGGGAGCUCCAUCCCGACAAAGCGCUGGGCCGACUUCACAUGAUGCAGGUCUUUCCGCUCAGCGGCUGUGCACCAUGGCGCAAUUAGUCAGGAUGGUUUCAGUUGUUCCCCUGUAGAAAUUCAGCAGCAGUUUCUGUGGGAGUUGAGCCUGUUUCAGCUUCCUGAGGAAGAAGAGUCUAUGUUGGGCCUUUUUUUUUACCAGUGUAGAGGUGUUGGUGGUCCAUGUCAGCUGUUUUGACAUAGUGACUCCAAGAAACUUUAGACAUUUCACACUCUCCACUACUUCUCCAUGUAUAUGGAGGGGGAGGUGUGCUUUGUCCUUUGUUCUCCUGAAGUCAGUGAUCAUCUCUUUUGUCUUUGAGAUGUUAAGGAUCAGGUCAUUGUCCUUACAACACCCAGCCAGUUUAUCCACCUCUAGUCUGUAGACUGUUUCAUCAUCGUCCAAAAUCAGGCCAACUACUGUGGUGUCGUCUGCAAAUUUAAUUAUGAGUUGGAGGUGUAGAUGGGGAUGGGGAUGCAGUCAUGGGUGAAAAGUGUGAAUAGCAUAGGGAUCAGCACACAGCCCUGUGGGGUGCCUGUGUUUAAGAUGAUGGUGGUGGAGGUGUGUUUACCAACUCUGACUUGCUGUGGUCGGUCUGUAAGGAAGUCCAUGAUCCAUGAACACAGAGAGGAAACAAGGCCCGGAUUGUUUAGUUGUGUUUUGAUGUGUGAGAGCUCGAGUCUCUCAAAGCACUUUGUGGCUAUGGGUGUUAGUGCCACAGGGCGGUAGUCAUUCAUGCCCUUCAUAGAUGAUUUUUUGGGCACUGGAGGAUUUGAGGCACGUUGGAACAGCAGCAUGUUGUAGUGAGAGGUUGAAUAUGUUUGAAAACACCUCUGCAAGCUGAUCGGCACAUACUUUCAGUACCCUGUCCAGCACUCCGUCUGGGCCAGCUGCCUUGCUUGCAUAUAUUUUCCUCAGGAUGGUCCUCACGUGAUGGUACUGAAGGACCAGUGUUGGCUCUCUGUCGGAUGGGUUGAUGAGUGGAGCAGCCUCCUCCCUCUGAGUGUCAAAGCGGGCGAAGCACUGGUUCAGGACAUCAGACAGUGUGGCGUCAUCAUUUGGCAGCAGAUUUUUAGUUUUGUAGUCCGUCAGUGUCUUGAUGCCAUUCCACAUGCUGCGGGGGUUAUUGUUGUCAAAUUGAUCUUCAAUGCUCUGUUUGUAUUUGCACUUUGCAUCCCUGAUGCCUCUCCGGAGUUUCCCCCGUGCUUCACUGUAGGUUUGUUUGUCACCUGGCCUGAAGGCUGCAGCCCACUCCCUGAGUAAUCCCCUCACAUUGCAAUCCACGGCAUUUGGUUGGAAACACCUUUUUUGUCUUCUUUGUUAACUCAUUUUCUGUGCAAAAAUGUAUAUAUCCUAGGACUGAACCAGCAUAUUCCUCCAGAUCUGUUCCCUCUGCAAACAAAUCACAGUCUGUGUUAACAAAACAGUCCUGCAGCAUUAAGGUGGCUUCCUCAGACCACACUUGUACUGUCCUGUUUGUCGGUUUUACACUGCAUAUCCGUGAUCUGUAAGCUGGGGUCAGAGUGAGGGAGAUGUGGUCUGAUUGUCCUAGAUAUGCAUAUGGGAUUGCUUUGAAUGCUCCGGGGAUGUUUGUGUAGACUUGGUGUAGGACGUUGUUCUCUCUUGUGGGGAAAUUCACAUUUUUGUCUAGUUUGACUAGUUUGACUAGUCACGACUAGUUUGAGAACUAAUUAUUGAAGUCGCCUGCUACAAUAAUCACACCAUCCGGGUGUGCCAUUUGCUGUUUGUUGGUGCUUUCAUGUAGCUUUUUCAAUGGUAACUUAGCCUUAGCUUGUGGGGGGAUGUAAACUGCCAUGAUUAUUAUUGUCGUGAAUUCCCUCAGAAAAAAGUGGUCUACACCUUACCAUUAGGAGCUCCAAAUAUGGGCUGCAGUGUUUGUCCACCAUGUCCGCGGAUGUACAUCAUUUGUUGUUUACGUAGAUACACAGUCCUCCUCCCCUGCUCUUCCCGGAGUCCUUCGUUCGGUCUGCUCUGUAAACAGAGCAGCCGGCCAGCUCGAUAGCAGCGUCUGGUACGUUUUGGUUUGGCCAAGUCUUCAUGAUGAUAGUCACACAGUGAGGCAUGGGUCUUGCUCUAAUUUCAUCCAUCUUGUUGGUGAGAGACCUGGAGUUGGCGAGGAACAGGCUCGGUAGAGCUGGUCUGUAAGGGUUAGCUUUUAGCCAAGCAAAUAGCCCGGCUCGCUUUCCCCGCUUCUGUUUCCUCUCCCUCCACCGCCUGCGCUGUCUCGCUGGUGGGAUGGUAAUUCCGAUGAGAAUCUCCUCUGGGGGGGAAGAGUUAACUCCGGGAUCUAUAUAGUGCUGUCUGAUGAACAUUAACUGGGAUCGAUCGUAUAUGGUAAAAGCUAAUGCUUUACUUAAUAGACUAACUAACAGAACUAGGUAAUAAAAAGAAUGAGAAAGAGAAAUGAGAGAGAGCCGAGUCGCUGCUGCUUCCGCACAAGCUGCCAUCUUUCUUUUUUUAUUGGCAAUUUUUGAAAAUGUUAAUAGAUGGAAAUUCUUGUUAUUUCAAACACAAUUCUGUUGCUGACGCACACGUUUUUCAAAAAUCUCUUAAUUUCAGGGCGUGGUUUAGCUGUGUGGUUUCAUAGGAAUCGUUUGAGGAUUUGGAUUGGUUUGUUUACAGAAUGUUUAUUCCAUUAUAUUUUGUUUUAAGCACUUUUAGUUUAGUGAUGCUAAUAUUUUACUUACAGCGUGUCGCUUCAUAAAAUAAUUACAUCAAACAUGGACAGGUCAAAUAAAAGAGUGAUGUUUUCCACAAAAAAAAAAAAAAAAAAAAAAACUUAAGGACUCACCUUAAACAUAAAG